CUCCACUAUUCUCCUUCUAUAAGAACAACCCAUAUCACAAUUUUUGCUUCCCAAGUUUCAAAUAUCAUAGCUCUAAUUCCUUCCUUCAACAAAACAUGCCUCACAAAUCUCCCAUUUCCAGUUUCUUCUUCUUCUUCCUCCUCCUCUUGAUUACAUUCUCCGCCACCACCGCCGCCGGGAAACACCGAUCUCGCCGCCCCUGCCGUCGGCUAGUGUUCUACUUCCACGACAUCCUCUACAACGGGCAGAACGCAAAGAACGCAACCGCCGCCAUCGUCGGAGCUCCGGCGUGGGGAAACACGACGAUUCUAGCCGGACAGAACCACUUCGGUAACGUGGUGGUGUUCGACGAUCCAAUCACACUCGACAACAACCUCCACGCGACGCCGGUGGGGCGGGCGCAGGGAUUCUACAUUUACGACAGAAAGGAAAUCUUCACGGCGUGGCUUGGAUUCUCGUUCGUGUUCAACUCGACGGAACACAGAGGGAGUUUGAACUUCGCCGGCGCGGAUCCGUUGAUGAAUAAGACGAGAGACGUUUCGGUGAUCGGAGGGACGGGAGAUUUCUUCAUGGCGAGAGGGAUUGCGACUCUGUCAACGGAUUCGUUUGAAGGGGAAGUUUAUUUUAGGCUUCGAGCGGAUAUUAAACUGUAUGAAUGUUGGUGAUUUUGAUUUUGGGGGAUCUUUCUUUUUCUUUCUGUUAAGUCCUUUUUUUUUUCCUUUUCUUCUCAAAUCCAAACCUGUUGCUUUUUUAUUUGAUUCUCUGUCCAAUGUAAGGAAAAGAAAAUGGUAAUGCAAUAAAUUGAUUGGAUCAGUCUUAUGAACAUUUAAAAUUUCAA